AUGCCUGAAAAGGAGUCAAUCAAUAUCAUCUUCUACGAGGACAAGAACUUCCAGGGUCACUCCUAUGAGUGCAGCAGCGAAUGCUCUGACCUGCAUUCCCACUUCAGCCGCUGCAACUCCAUUAGAGUGGACAGCGGUGAUUGGAUGGUCUAUGAGAGACCCAACUACAUGGGCUACCAGUACUUCCUGAGGAGGGGCGACUAUCCAGACUACCAGCGCUGGAUGGGAUUCAACGACUGUGUGCGAUCCUGCCGUAUGAUUCCUGUGCACCAAGGCUCUCACAAAAUGAUGAUUUACGAACGCCCAGAGUUUGGAGGCCAAAUGAUGGAGCUGACCGAUGACUGCCCUUCCCUGCAUGAACGCUUCCAUUGGAACGACAUCUACUCCUGCAACGUGAUGGACGGUUACUGGAUCUUCUACGAGCAUCCCAAUUACAGGGGACGACAGUACCUGAUGCGCCCUGGUGAAUACAGGAGGUUUAAUGAUUGGGGAGGCAUGAGUUCUAGGGUGGGAUCCAUCAAACGUAUCACUAUGUGA